AUGGCGUCGGGAGCAGCGGGAUCCAAGUUCCAGGCGUUUAUGAACCACCCUGCGGGGCCAAAGACUGUGUUCUUCUGGGCGCCCUUGAUGAAGUGGUGCCUGGUAGCGGCAGGGCUGAAGGACCUCUCGCGUCCGGCGGAUAAGAUCUCGGUCCCGCAGAACGUCGCGCUCGCCGCCACGGGCUUGAUUUGGGUGCGCUACUCGCUCGUCAUCACGCCCGUCAACUACUCGCUCGCCGCGGUCAACUUCUUCGUCGGCUGCUCCGGCCUGGCCCAGCUCUACCGUGUGUGGGACUUCCGCAGGCAACACCCCGUCCAGGCCGCUGUGGCCGAUAAGAAGAACGACGUGCAGAACAGCGUGGUCCGGGAACAGCUGCCUUUGAGCUCCAAGUAG